CCGUCACCACAACCAGCCAUUCUGUCAGAUCUAGUCCAAACUAGACUGAGAGUGGACGUGCUAUUUCCACAAAGGGGGAACAGACAUCUAGCUACUACUAGCCUAACAACCCGUGCCUGUAGCCGCGUUGCGUCUUUGCUUUAACCCAAUCCAACCAACUCUGAAUUCGCAUUAAAUAUGUCUAAUAUCGUUUGCUGUCAAACGCCUCAGGUUAUAAUGUAUGACCAACACAGAAUACGUACAACUCUAUAGCCAACGGGAUCCCGAGGACUUGAUUACAGUCGCUUCAAGCCUGAUAGUUUGUCCGUGCGGCUGCUCCCCUUCUCCCUGCUGCUCACGGCCAUUAAGUCAACUGGCAUUUCUUCUAACAACUUCCCAUCCCUCUUCUUGGGUGAAGAAAACUUGAGUUCCACUGUGAUCUCAGUCUGCUUUGCCUAUUGCCUAACUUCGGUUCUACUCUCAGCAGUGUUGCUUCCCUGGAUUUGCAUUAUUCUCUAUUAGGCAUAAUAUCAAAAUUCACCAAGAUGAUUCCAAACGGCUAUUUGAUCUUUGAGGAUGAGAGUUUCCUGGAUUCCACCGUGGCCAAAAUGAACGCUCUGAGAAAGAGUGGUCAGUUCUGUGAUGUUAGACUGCAGGUGUGUGGUCAUGAGCUGAUGGCUCACCGUGCUGUUCUGGCUUGCUGCAGUCCAUACCUGUUUGAGAUCUUUAAUAGUGACAUUGAGACUCACGGAGUCUCUCAUGUCACUUUCAGCUCUAUGGGAGAUGUCAGAGUUUUGGCCAAGGUGGAUGCCUUCAUCCAGGAACAUCUACUGGAAGUGUCUGAACAAGAAGACUUCCUCAAACUUCCCCGCCUCAAGUUAGAAGUAAUGCUAGAAGACAACCUGACCCUGCCCAGCAAUGGCAAGCUCUACUCGAAGGUGCUCAACUGGGUGCAGCGUAGCCUUUGGGAGAAUGGAGACCAACUGGAACGACUGAUGGAGGAGGUGCAAACGCUGUACUACUCACCUGACCAUAAGCUGGUGGAUGGAGGGCUGGUGAUUGAUGGGCACAGUGAGAUGUUUGGUGGCGAGGAGGACCACCUUCAGUUUGUGCAGAAGAAACCCGUACGUGAGAGCACCCAGAGACAGAUGAGCUGCAGCUCCUCAGGAAGCCUGUCACCCUCCAACCAAGCAGCAAAUGCCCAGAAACAGACCGGCAGGAGAGAGUGGAAGUACAUCGCCUCUGAGAAGACCACAAACAACACCUACCUGUGUCUGGCUGUGCUGGACAGUGUGUUGUGUGUGAUCUUCUUGCACGGUCGCAGCAGCCCUCAGACCUCUCCCUCUGCCACCCCCUGCCUGAUGAAGAGCCUCAGCUUCGAGGCCCAGCCCGAGGAGCUGGAGGAGCAGCCGCUCUCACCCAUGCAUUACGCUCGCUCUGGCCUGGGCACCGCAAAGCUCCACUGUAACCUUGAUGUUUCUGCAGGAGGGUACAACAGAGAAGAGUGUCUGAGGACUGUGGAGUGUUAUGACCCCAAAGAGGACCGCUGGACCUUCAUCGCUCCCAUGCGGACUCCAAGGGCUCGAUUUCAGAUGGCUGUGCUCAUGGGUCAGCUGUACGUGAUUGGAGGAUCAAAUGGACAUUCUGACGAGCUGAGCUGCGGGGAGACGUACGAUCCACAUGCUGACGAGUGGGCUCAAGUGCCAGAGCUGAGGACCAACCGCUGCAAUGCAGGUGUCUGCUCAUUGAACAACAAACUCUUUGUUGUGGGAGGGUCGGACCCCUGCGGGCAGAAGGGCCUGAAGAACUGUGACGCUUUUGACCCUGUGACCAAAACCUGGUCCAACUGUGCCUCCCUUAACAUCAGGAGGCACCAGGCAGCAGUGUGUGAGUUGGAGGGCUUCAUGUACGUGAUUGGAGGGGCGGAGUCGUGGAACUGCCUGAACACUGUGGAACGCUACAACCCUGAGAACAACACCUGGACCCUGAUAGCCCCCAUGAAUGUGGCUCGCAGGGGGGCCGCCGUUGCUGUCCAUGCAGGCAAACUGUUUGUUGUUGGCGGCUUCGAUGGCUCCCACGCGCUUCGCUGUGUGGAGGUGUACGACCCCGCCCGCAACGAGUGGAGGAUGCUGGGUAGCAUGACCUCUUCCCGCAGCAAUGCGGGCGUGGCCAUCCUGGGAGAAACCAUCUACGCUGUGGGCGGCUUCGAUGGAAACGAGUUCCUCAACACGAUGGAGGUGUACAACCUCGAGACAGACGAGUGGGACGACUGCACCAAGGCCCUGUCUCCCCUCUCCGACUAAAGAGGGGGAAGACGAGGAGGAGGAGGAAGGGAGUUGGGGAGUUUCACAGUGCUUCACCUUUUCCAAACUAACAGGCUUAGUGACGUAAUCGUGUUUCGUGAUGUUCUGUAUGUGUGUGUGUAUGAGCGGAUACGUGUGGGUGGGGAUAGGGGUUGUUGGGAUGAGGGGUCUUCAGUGAAGGCUGGCUUAUAUUUGGAGGGUGGGGAGUAGGGGUGGGGGUGGGGUGGGUUGCCCAGAGCAACAUGAAGCCUUUGCAUAUUGCAUACAAUGUUUUUCGUGCUGUACAUAUUUUAUUUCUUCCUCAUUUUUUUGUCAUAUGCCAACAUUUAAUACACUUAGUGCUUUUCUUCUCUAGAGUUGAAAGAUUUGUCACUUUGAGGGUUUUCAGAUGAGCUAGCAGUUAUUGGUCACUUGGAAUGUGGCAGUAUGGAGUGGUGACAAUUGACUUUUAAAAGUUAAGUUUUAUUUAAGAAUUUUCUGUUGUGGAAAUGUAAUUUUGCUCACAUAUUUAAAGGUCAGUGGUUUGAAGCCUUACUCAAACUUGAUAAACACCUCAUGGCUUUUUUUAGUGUCAUUUUUAAACCAGCUGGAUUGCUUUAUGAAUCUUAAAAUGAUGGCCUUUUUUAUAUUUUUUUAUACACUGCUGAUUUACUGAUAAAAUAAAAAGUAGUAGCAGACAGCUUCAAGUCAACGAAUCUAACCAGUGCCAGUUUUAGUAACUUUUUUUUUGUGCACACACCACACGCACAACCAUGCUUCUGCUAACCAAACUUUUGUUAUUGUAAAUUUAACUAAUUAAUGUAUGUAGAGAUGCAGUUUACUGAAAAUCCUUUUUUUUUCUUUUGUGUUUUUAAAGUGUCAGGCAUGGGCAGAUUCUUCUGGAAGAAAUGUUGGAAUGAGAAUCACAUUUAUAACAUUUCUUAAUUAAUAAAUCAUUUAAAUCAGC